UCUGCGGAGCCAGGAGGGGAAGCGAUGGCUGGGCCCGGGUGGAUCUCCAAGGUCUGUCUGCUGCUGGGGGUAUUCCACAACCCAAAACAGGUGACUAGAGGUUUUACUGAUGUUGUUCAGCCAGUGACUUUAAUUCCAGGAGAUGGUAUUGCCCCAGAAAUUUCAGCUCCAGUUAUGAAGAUUUUUGAUACUGCCUAAGCACCUAUUCAGUGGGAGGAGUGGAACGUCACUGCCAUUCAAGGACCUGGAGGAAAGUGGACGAUCCCUUCGGAGGCUAAAGAGUCCAUGGAUAAGAACAAGAUGGGCUUGAAAGGCCCUUUGAAGACCCCAAUAGCAGCCGGUCACCCAUCUAUGAAUUUGCCGCUGCGCAAAACAUUUGAGCUUUACACAAAUGUCCGACCAUGUGUCUCUAUCGAAGGCUAUAAAACCCCUUACACCGAUGUAAAUAUUGUGACCAUUCGAGAAAACACAGAAAGAGAAUACAGUGGAAUUGAGCAUGUGAUCAUUGAUGGAGUUGUGCAGAGUAUCAAGCUCAUCACCGAGGGGGCGAGCAAGCCCAUUGCUGAGUUUGCCUUUGAGUAUGCCCGGAACAACCGCAGGAACAACGUCACGGCAGUGCACAAAGCCAACAUCAUGCGGAUGUUAGAUGGGCUUUUUCUACAAAAAUGCAGGGAAGUUGCAGAAAACUGUAAAGAUAUUAAAUUUAAUGAGAUGUACCUUGAUACAGUAUGUUUGAAUAUGGUACAAUAUCCUUCCCAAUUUGAUGUUCUUGUUAUGCCAAAUUUGUAUGGAGACAUCCUUAGUGACCUGUGUGCAGGAUUGAUUGGAGGUCUUGGUGUGACACCAAGUGGCAACAGUGGAGCCAAUGGGGUUGCAAUUUUUGAGUCGAUUCAUGGGACGACUCUAGACAUUGCAGGCAAGGACAUGGCGAAUCCCACAGGCCUCCUGCUCGGUGCCGUGAUGAUGUUGCGCCACAUGGGACUUUUUGACCAUGCUGCAAGAAUUGAGGCCGCGUGUUUUGCUACGAUUAAGGAUGGAAAGAGCUUGACAAAAGAUUUGGGAGGCAAUGCAAAAUGCUCAGACUUCACAGAGGAAAUCUGUCGCCGAGUAAAAGAUUUAGAUUAACGCUUCUACAACUGGUAUUUGCAUCAGUCACUCUAAAUGGACCCCACAUAAACCUCUGUUUAGAAUACCUACCUAUGUAUGCUUUGGUUUACUUGUUUCUUGACAAUACAUUUUUAGAUCUGGCCUUUUCUUAACAAAAUCUGUGCAAAAGAUGCAGGUGGAUGUCCCUAGGUCUGUUUUCAAAGAACUUUCUCCAAGUGCUUAUUUUGUUUAUUAAGUGUCUACCUGGUAAAUGUUUUUUUUUGUAAACUCUGAGUGGACUGUAUCAUUUGCUAUUCUAAACCAUCUUACACUUAAGUUAAAAUAGUUUCUCUUCAGCUGUAAAUAUCAGGACACAGAAUUAACAAGAGAAAAUGUCAAAUUUUUAAAGAAAAACCUUGUUUUCUUUGGUUUUUGAAAAACAUAAUGGAAAUAAAACAGGAUAUUGAUAUAAUGGCACAAAAUGACACUCUUAUAAAACUAAAUGGGCACAAGAGAAAUUUCCUGGGAAAGUUCACAUCAAAAAGAGUGAAUGUGGUAUAUUUCUAAAUGAAAUGGAAAAUAGAGACAG